AGUAUUUCCGGGUCGUGUCCGUCUCUUUUGUAAACAAUAACACGAGGACAGUCGGAGUUUAGUAACAUCACCUAAAUCUAGAAAACACAGCAGUUCCUGUUUACACUAAACAUUUCUUUACUUUUAAUUGGGACUUUCUUCACCGUCCACGGUGAUGUCGCUCCUCCGGACCGCAGCGGUCCGGCUCCGAGCUGCGGCCGGGCUGCGAGGCGCCCUGGCCGGCCACGCCGCCCGCCGAGCCGCCGCCACCUACAUCCAGGGCCAGAGCCCCGAGCCCCGGAUCAGGGAAUACUUCUACUACAUCGACCACCAGGGACAGCUGUUCCUCGAUGACACCAAAGUGAAGAACUUUGUCACCUGUUUCAAAGAUAAAAACUUCCUGGUUUUCUUCUUCAGCCGCCUGAAGGUGAACCAGAGCGGCCGUUACGAGGAGGACUUCCCCUUCCUGUCGCCGUGCGGCCGCGAGAGGAACUUCAUACGCUGCGAUGACCGGCCCGUCGUCUUCACCCACCUGCUGCCGAGCCCCCCGGGGCCGGACCCGGGUCUAGACCCGGCACCAGGCCCGGGAUCUGGCCCAAGAUCAGCCCCGGACCUGCUGUCCUACUGCGGCGGAGCCGAGAAGCUGGCCGUGCCGUUCCGGCCCGAGACGCUGUACAUGCACCCCGUCACGGGCCGGGUCUACCACCCCGGGCCCGAGCGCUCGGGGGGCGUGGGCCUGGUCCGCUCGGCGCUGGCCAUCGAGCUCAGCCCGUGCUUCGUCUACCCGCCGGAGAGCUGCACGUCCGAGCAGCCCACGCACUUCCUGUGGGCGGGGCGGGAACGCGCGCUGACCAACGAGCUGGCAGGAAGCCUCCCCCCGGCGGAGGGGGGACUGGGUUAAGGUCCAGAACCGCAGAAACCAUCACAAAAGCAGUGAUGAGGCUUUAAAGCAGCUGCUGCGGUUCAAAUCCGGACCGGAGCGUCUUUGUAACGUGAGUCAAGCAACACCGGAUCAGCUGGUGGAUCUGUGACCUUUGACCUUUCAGCCUGAUCUUCAUCACACCGUCUCUGCUCGGGUUCAGUCUUUGACCCGCAGGAACUAUUUGAUUUAAAUCCCUCACAGGUUCAACCAGAACGUAUAAAGAUUGAAAAAUGUGUUAGAUUCCUAAUGCGGUGAAUAAUCCGGAUCUGGUUUCUCCUGAAAACACGGCGUGCUGCCUGCAGGCUCCGGCGCUCGGGACCAGACUCAUGAUGCAGCCGGAGGAACCAGGAGAAGACUGAGACGGACAUGUGCAGUAUCACCCACGGGAUUUAAAAUGCGACCUUUAUCCAGGAACAGAUCCAGCAGAGUACAGUGUUGAUGUCCGCCCCGCUUGGUGUUCGCUGCUUCGUAAAUGUCAGGAACGUUUGCUGGGGCUUAAAGUGGAGCCGCCGGCGCUCCGAACGAUCAAACUCUGUCUCAGGAAUCUGUUCAGAGGUGGAAUCAUCCGCUCAUGCACUUUACUUUCCUGCACAGAUGCAGCGUGUCUUUGUUUUUGGUGUCUGAAAAUGGUUUCAAAUCAAUAAAUCCUGGAAAGGCAUGAAGUUUACUCGUUGAAUUUACAUUCAAUUCAAUUCAGUUUUAUUGAUAAAGUGUCUAUUACAACACAAGUUGUCUCUAGGAUCUUUCUAAUAACCCCCGAGCAAUUAUUACAGAAACAACGGCAGGUAAAAACUCCCCUUUAGGGGGGAAGAAACCUGGACCAGGACCUGGAUCAUAAGGGGAGAUGCUCCUGCUAAACGCUAACUAGACGUUUGAAAUA